AUGGCUGCCUGCAUCUUUGUCAGCCUGGGGCUGUUCCAGUCGAUCCUCCGGCCGGUUGUGUCCUGCGCGGAGGAGAGCUGCACCCGGCCGGCCCCGCUCUCCCGGCUCGGGCCAGGGCAAAGAGGAGUUUUCCCAGUGCUGGAAGGGUGCGGGGCUGGCGCCCAGGCAGGGAGUGGGGUGCCCAACGUGGUGGGCAGCCAGCCCUACCGCACGGACGAGGGGCAGCCCUGGGUCCUGCCCGUCGUGAGGAAGGUGGAGCGGAUGAUCGCGGCCGAUGACAGCCUCAACCACGAGUACCUGCCCAUCCUGGGCCUGCCCGAGUUCCGGGCCAACGCGUCCCGCAUCGCGCUGGGCGACAGCAGCCCGGCCAUCAGCGAGAACCGCAUUGGCAGUGUUCAGUCCUUGGGUGGGACAGGCGCUCUGCGUAUUGGAGCAGAGUUUCUGAGACGAUGGUACAACGGAAACAACAACACGGCAACCCCAAUCUACAUCUCUGCUCCAUCCUGGGAGAACCACAACUCUGUGUUUGUGGAUGCUGGCUUUAAAGAUAUUAGAACUUACCAUUACUGGGAUGCUGCCAAGAGGGGCCUGGAUCUCCAUGGCCUGCUGGAUGACAUGGAGAAAGCCCCAGAAUUCUCCAUCUUCGUCCUCCAUGCCUGUGCGCACAACCCAACAGGCACUGACCCUACUCCAGACGAGUGGAAGCAAAUUGCUGCUGUUAUGAAGCGCCGGUUCCUGUUUCCAUUCUUCGACUCGGCGUAUCAAGGUUUUGCCUCUGGCAACCUGGACAAGGAUGCCUGGGCUGUGCGGUACUUUGUCUCCGAGGGCUUUGAGCUCUUCUGUGCACAGUCGUUUUCCAAGAACUUUGGGCUCUACAAUGAGCGUGUGGGCAAUCUGAUCGUGGUGGUGAAGGAUGCGGACAGCGUGAAGCGUGUGCUCUCCCAGAUGGAGAAGAUUGUGCGCACCACUUGGUCCAACCCUCCGUCCCAAGGAGCGCGCAUCGUGGCAACUACCCUCGCUUCCCCACAGCUCUUUGCCGAGUGGAAGGACAACGUGAAGACUAUGGCAGAUCGGGUCUUGCUGAUGCGUUCAGAGCUCCGGUCUCGCCUGGAGUCGCUCGGGACCCCGGGCACCUGGAACCACAUUACAGAUCAGAUUGGCAUGUUUAGCUUCACAGGGCUUAACCCUAAGCAGGUGGAGUACCUGAUCAAGGAGAAACACAUCUACCUGCUGGCCAGUGGGCGCAUCAACAUGAGUGGCCUGGCUGCCAAGAACCUGGACUAUGUGGCCAAGUCCAUCCAUGAAGCCGUCACAAGGAUCCAGUCAAGCAUGUGAACAACCAAACUUAAAUGAAGUCACCUUAAAUGAAGUCACCAAAGCUGUAGUGUGUAGUCCGUGUCUUUCCCUGCUUGUGGCUUGCCUUGUCCACACCUCUUGGGGUUUAAUAAAGAUGGGAGUAGCAGCUC